CUCCAUCCUCUAAACGAUCAACUUGCACUCUCUGCCACCUUUUGAUCAGGAUACUAAGAGACUUUUUGCUAACACAAACCGUGAAGAAGAUGAUGAGUUGCAUCCAUCUGUCUCUCCUCCUCGGCCUUCUUCUGCUCUUCUCGACCACGCUCUACUCGGCCAAUGCCAAGACUCAUUACCACGACUUUGUUGUACAAGCGACUAAAGUGAAGAGGCUAUGCAAGACCCACAAUACCAUCACGGUUAACGGACAAUACCCAGGCCCAACCCUCGAAAUCAACAAUGGAGACUCCCUUGUGGUCAAUGUUGUGAAUCGUGCUCGCUACAACGUCACUAUCCACUGGCACGGGGUCAGGCAGAUGCGAACAGGAUGGGCAGAUGGGCCGGAGUUUGUAACCCAGUGCCCAAUAAGACCGGGAGGGAGUUACACAUACCGGUUCACCAUCGACGGACAAGAAGGCACUCUAUGGUGGCAUGCUCACAGCUCAUGGCUCAGAGCAACUGUGUAUGGUGCUCUUAUCAUCCACCCAAAAGAAGGAUCUUCCUAUCCUUUCGCUAAGCCAAAGCGUGAAACUCCCAUUCUUCUUGGGGAAUGGUGGGACGCAAACCCGAUCGAUGUGGUGAGGGAAGCGACGAGGACUGGAGGUGCUCCCAAUGUCUCCGAUGCAUACACCAUCAACGGCCAACCGGGUGAUCUGUACAAUUGCUCUAGCAAAGACACUGUCAUUAUUCCGAUUGAUUCUGGUGAGACGAACCUCGUCCGGGUCAUCAACGCUGCCCUCAACCAGGAGCUCUUCUUCUCGAUCGCCAACCACAGAUUCACGGUUGUUGGGGCUGAUGCCUCGUACUUGAAGCCCUUCACAACCUCGGUGAUCAUGUUGGGUCCUGGACAGACCACGGAUGUCCUGAUCAGUGGGAACCAGCCCCCGGCCCGUUACUACAUGGCAGCCCGAGCCUACCAGAGCGCUCAGGGUGCGCCUUUUGACAAUACCACGACCACCGCCAUUCUAGAGUACAAGUCUGCCCCCUGCCCGGCAAAGGGAAUCUCGGCCAGGCCCGUAAUGCCAUCCCUUCCGGCUUUUAACGAUACCGCCACUGCCACAGCCUUCACCCAGAGCUUCCGAAGCCCCCAGAAGGUUGCUGUCCCAACUGAGAUCGACGAGAGCCUCUUUUUCACUGUUGGCUUAGGACUCAACAAUUGCCCCCGUAACUUCCGUGCUAGGCGAUGCCAAGGCCCCAAUGGCACACGCUUCACCGCAAGCAUGAACAAUAUGUCGUUUGUGCUCCCGUCAAACUACUCUAUCCUCCAGGCUUACAAGCAAGGCAUCCCCAGCUUGUACACGACCGAUUUUCCAGCAAACCCACCAGUGCAGUUCGACUAUACCGGCAACGUGAGUCGUUCACUGUGGCAACCCAUUCCUGGAACCAAGGUGUACAAGCUGAAGUACGGUUCUAGAGUGCAACUCGUGUUGCAGGGGACGAGCAUUCAGACCGCUGAAAAUCACCCAAUCCAUAUCCAUGGUUACGACUUCCAUAUAAUUGCUGAAGGAUUUGGGAACUUCAACCCCAAGACAGAUUCUGCCAAAUUUAACCUGAUCAACCCGCCCAUGAGGAACACCGUGGGAGUUCCUGUCAAUGGCUGGGCAGUCAUUAGAUUCGUGGCCGAUAACCCAGGUGCUUGGCUUAUGCACUGUCACUUGGACGUUCACAUCGCUUGGGGACUGGCAAUGGUUUUCCUGGUAGAAGACGGAGUCGGGGAGUUACAGUCAAUUUUGCCUCCUCCUGCAGAUUAUCCUCUGUGCUAGAACGGCGAGCACAAUAAUAGCACCGUCACACCGCCCCGUAGUCGAAAUUCAUAAGGCCUGUAAUGUGGGCCCAUAUUUUGUUUUCUCAGAGUUUGAUUCGUGCCAUUAUAAUUUUCCCCGAAUUCAGGGAUAAUAGUUCGCGUCCUCUUUCAUUUUUUUCCCUUCAUUCGAGUACAUAAUGGUCCUAUAGAUGAAAAAAAGACUGUACUCAUCAUCAGAUCGAAUUCGUACAAGGGGUAGUCCUUGGAUUCGUAAUCUCGGAUGUAUUCUUUCCAUCAUCAUUUGAUUCUAUAAGAUAAAGUAGAUCUCUUAAUUCUCAUA